CUUUUCGCCUUCAGACUGUGGUUAAUGCCGUGUCAUCACAUUAGUCUUAGCAGGAUCUGUCUAUCGGUACGACGUAGGUGUUAGGAAACGUAGCCCUGGUCUGGUGUAUAGAUUGUUCGGUGAAAAACGGUUCCUACAUGCCUAUCCGCGACCGGAAGUUGUCCCAACAGAAGUGCUGAUUGAGCGUGCGUGUGAUUUGUGGGCAGCUUCAAACAGAAGGUCAAAUAGCCGGUCUACUGGCGCGACGUAGUACGCCUCACCGCUAGAAGCAACGCGAAGGGAUGGGUCUGCUGUAUAAAAUUCGCAUUCGGGUGGUAAACUGCUUGGUGUUCUUUUUCCUGGUUACUUUGAUGCCGGGUUUACCACCGAAAACGACGUUUCCGUUCGAGGCUAUCAGCAUUUCACCGCUGAGGGAACUCAAGGGUAGCCUAACACCGACUAACCACCUGGACAAUGCCGAACGUUUGUUCGAGGGUAAGAUUCACGGUCCGGAGAUGCUACUGGUACGUGGCAAGGAUAUGUACGUGUCCCUACACGGUGGUGAAGUGGUACGGAUCAACGGCCCCCACAUCACGCAUGUUGCGAAAUUGGGAAAACCCUGCGAACACUUCUUCGAAGAGAGUACUUGUGGACGACCUCUCGGACUGGCGUUUGAUACACAGAGUGACAGUUUGAUCAUAUCGGACGCUUACUAUGGCAUCUGGAAGGUAGACCUUUCUAGUGGUGAUAAGGUACAGCUUGUGUCACGGGAUGUCGUUCUGGAUGGUAAGGUCAUUAAUCGGAAAGCUCGGCUUAUGAAUUCAGUGACGGUAGCUAAGAAUGGUGACAUUUACUGGACGGACUCUUCAUCGGAUGUCGAUUUGCUGGACGGUGUUUACACUAUUCUACUUAAUCCGUCCGGUCGUCUUUUCCGUUACGAUCGAAAGACGAAGAAAAACAUUGUUCUACUGGAUAAUCUGUAUUUCGCGAAUGGUGUAGCCUUGAGUCCGGACGAAGAGUUCGUCCUUGUGGUGGAAACAAUGUCAUCGACGAUCCGCCGAGUUUACCUGAAGGGACCGAAAGCAGGAACAGAUGAUGUUUUUGUUGACGGAUUACCUGGUUUGCCAGAUAACCUAGUUGCUGAUGAGGAAGGUCUGUGGGCUCCCCUCGUAAUGGCUGCCGAUGAUGAAAAUCCAUCAGUGCCUCGUUUACUGUCGAAGGUUCCUCUUAUUCGCAAGUUCCUGGCUCGGAUGCUGUCGCUAGCGGAGAUGCCAUUCCGUUUGCUGCACCAGGUUUGGCCGUCUACCCACUCUCUUCGUCUGUUGCACACGAUUGGACAUUUUGAAACGAUGUCUUUCCUUACCGCAGACCGUGUGACCAUUGUCCGUUUGAAUUGGGAAGGACAUAUUAUCGGUUCAUUGCAUGGUUUCGAUCGUUCCGUCAGUUCUAUUUCGCAUGUUGCAGAGCUUGGUGACUAUUUAUAUCUAGGGUCACCAUAUAACACAUAUCUGGCUCGGGUGAAAAUGCCAAAGGGCUUGAAGGUCCGUGUUCAGAAUGUUCGCUUUGAACCGGAGGUUGCACCAAAAGCAACCACCACUACUACUACCACAACAACGCCUAAACCUACGACUACAACAACUACUACUACCACCACCACUCCUAAACCAGUGACUACCACAACAACCACCACAACUUCCAAGCCGCCUCCGACCACUACUACUACAACUACAACCACCACAACCCCGAAGCCAACUACCAAAACAACCCCGGCAGCGGAGAAACCUAAACCAUCCAAGGUUCCACCGCCUCGUUCCACAACCGAAGCCCCUCCAAAGCAAGUUAAAACCGAAAAACCAACUACCACCACCACUCCGGCACCCCCAGUAAAGGAGCAACCGGCGCCGAUUCACGAAAAGAUCCCCAACGACACACCGAAACCGCAACAGGAGAAACUAAAGGUUAUCAAACGGGGCGGCGAGCAAGGCGAGCUCUAAACUAACUCUAAACUUUCCUCCCUCCGCAACCUCCGUUCAUUCCCCGUAUUACAUUCCUACUCCACACACAGCUUUGUUCGGUAGGAGUUUAAAGUUACCGAAAGCAAACGCACAAUUAUCUGUUCGCUGGCCAGAUCGAGUCCAGAGAGCGCACACGAGCGGCUCAGCAUUUCAUGUUUGCUGCUGUCAUUCCCAGUGAGCAAAAUCGCUGAAAAGUCUGAUUUAUUAUUAUUAUUGCUUUCCCGUGCGCCAAUCUACAACACCAUCACGGCAGCCGUAUCGAACAAACGUAUUUUAUGAUUAGUGCAGCUUGAGACUAACUACAGGAUGGCCUCUGAGUUUCGGUCGUCCUUAGCAUGGUACAUUUGAAUGUGAAGGUAAAAUUUAAGAAAAGAAAAGAUUUUUGGUUGUUGUGGGAUCCAUGGGUUGGUGUUGAGUUCUAUGAUUACUACGCAUAGCGAUCCGCGUAAGGUUGAUUAUCGUCGCGAAAUUUUUCCAUAAUCACAAAGUAGUCAGCGGUAAAAAGAAACAGUAGCUGGUAAGGACUUUUGUUUCAAAUAGAACUAGUAAUUAGAAAUUA